GGCGGCCGCGGGCCGCGGCGCCAGACGCGGGCAGCAUGUGGCCGUACGCGCUGCUCUUCCUCGCUCUCCUGCUGCUGCUGCUGCUCGGGCUGUUCCUGUGGGGCGCGGGCAGCGGCCCCAGCCCCUUCGCCGCCGACACCCGCCGCCCCCCCGCCCCGCUCGUCACCGACAAGGCUGCGCGCAGGACCGUGCUCAAGCCAGUUUUCUCAGCAGAUAAAGUCCCCGAGGGGCUCGAUGCCAUCGUGGUGGGCAGUGGCAUCGGGGGCCUGGCAGCUGCCGCGCUGCUGGCGAAAGUGGGCAAGCGGGUGCUGGUGCUGGAGCAGCACGGCAAGCUGGGGGGCUGCUGCCACACCUUCAGCGAGAAGGGCUUCGAGUUUGACACCGGUAUCCACUACGUGGGGCAGAUGGAGGAGGGCUCCACCGUCCGCUUCCUGGUGGAGCAGCUGACGGAGGGGCAGCUGGAGUGGGCUCCGCUGCCAGCCGUCUACGACGCCGUGGUUCUGGGGGAGCCCAGCGGUGGCAGGACAUACCGCAUCUACGCAGGGAAGGAGGAAUAUUUCAAAGGCUUGAAGGAGCAGUUUCCUGGGGAGGCGGCCGCUAUCGAUGAGUUCCAGCGGCUGGUGAAGAGCGCCAGCCGAGGCACUGCGCUGCUGGGUGUCUUGAAGAUGGUUCCAUGGAUGCUGGCCGCGCUGCUGUGCCGCUCGGGGCUGCUGCCGUGGCUCAGCCCCUUCUGCCAGCUGGCGUCCCGCAGCGUGAGGGACGUGGUGGAUGGUCUCACCGCCAACCGUGAGCUCAGGGCUGUCUUCAGCUACAUCUUCCCCACCUACGGUGUGCUCCCCUCCAAGGCCAGCUUCUCCAUGCACAGCAUCCUGGUGAACCACUUCCUCAAUGGCGCGUGGUACCCAAAGGGGGGGGCCGGGGAAAUCGCCUUCCACACCAUUGCCGUUAUCCGGAAAGCUGGAGGCAACGUGCUGGGAAAGGCGCCGGUGCAGAGGAUCCUGCUGGACUCCCAGGGCAAAGCUUGCGGCGUCAGCGUCAAGAAGGGCCAAGAUCUGGUGAACAUCUUCGCUCCCGUUAUCAUCUCGGAUGCCGGGAUCUUCAACACCUACGAACGGCUCCUGCCAGCAGAGGCGCAGGCUUUGCCUGAGAUCCAGUCCCAGCUUCGUAUGGUGACACACGGCGAAGGGGGCUUCACCGUCUUCGUGGGUCUUAACGGCUCGAGGGAUGAGCUGGGGCUGGAGCCCACCAACUACUACAUGUACCCAGGAAACGACCUGGAUGAAAUAAUGAAUCGCUACUUGGCUUCUUCCAGAGAAGAAGCUGCCAAGAACAUCCCUCUCCUGUUUGUCACCUGCCCAUCAGCCAAGGACCCCACCUGGGAGAUGAGGCACCCAGGUAAAUCCACGCUGGCCAUCGUGACCUUCGCCAAAUACGAGUGGUUCGAGGAGUGGAAGGACAAGCAGGUCAAUAAGCGGGGCGAUGAUUACGAGGAUUUGAAGAAGACCUUUGUGGAUGCCAUCAUGCAGACUGUCUUCAAGCUCUACCCUCGCGUCGAGGACAGGAUCGAGUACAUCGCCGGUGGGACGCCCCUCACCAACCAGCACUACAUCGCCAGCCCCAAGGGGGAAUUCUACGGCUCUGAACACAGCAUCGCCCGCCUGCAGGCUGAGGCCAUCGCCGCCAUCAGGGCACAGACGGCCGUCCCCAACCUCUACCUGACAGGGCAGGAUUUGUGCCUGGGCGGCUUCGUGGGAGCCCUGCAAGGAGCCCUCAUCUGUGCCAGCGCCAUCCUCAAGCGCAACCUGUACAUUGACCUGGCACGCCUGAAAAAGCGCACGCAGGCCACCAACGCCAAGAAGGAGGACUAAUGCCUGUUUGUCCCACCAGCCAGGACCUCUGUUUCCCCCCCCAAGCACCUUAUUUUCAGCUGUCGAUCACCCACAGCACAUCCUUCUCUAACGCAAAGCCAAAGGAUUCCAGCCCAGGAAGAUGCUGUUCCCGUUUCCAGCCAGCUUGCCUCGCACUCACCCACCUGGAGUUCACCUCCCCCCCCACUGCAUCCACCACCAGCGAGUAAAAGCCAGCCCUGAUCCCUGACCACCCGCCGGGGGGCAAACCCCCUUCUCCCAGCAUAGGGGGGAGGGUCUCCCAGAGCUGCCAUGUGCAGCAGUGGCCAGGAGGGAAGGCGAGGCAACCCAAAAAGACGGGCUGCACCAGAAGGCAAGACCCAACAGCUUCCACCAGCAACACCCACGGCUGCUUCAGCCCCACCAGUGUCUGAGAGCCGCAUGAACCACUGGAAGAGCAUCAGCCUGCAGCGGCAACCCCAGACCCAUCAGGAGCGAGCCCCCACCGGGGAUGCUUUCCCCCUUCCAGGUGGCAGCUUUCAUGCCAGGUGGGGCUGAUAAAGCUUCACGGGGCUGACGAAGCGCCCCAGGACAGCUGAAGCUCCUGUGGGACGUGGCAGCACCAGGGUGGCAGAGGCAGCAGCACCACCCCGUGACGUUGCUGUGCCCCGGCUUGCCCAGGCAGCACCAGGUGGGUUUGGCAAAGCCCUGCCAGCCGCUGGACGGGCACUGGCUGCAUUUCAGCAAGGGGAGAUCAGGCCAGCCUAAGCCCCAUCGCUGUUUUAACGAAGGCGCCUGGCGGAGGCUCACAGACACGGUCCUUUGGGAAGGAGCCAGCUCCCGCCUCCACAGGGCAGUGGAGCAAGCAGGUCCUUCUCGCAUGCCAAGGCCAGGCAUGAAGGGAUUUAAGCCCUUUAAUUUUAAAGCUCUCUAACAGAGCACUCGCUUGCCCUAUGACGCUUUCCACGUCAUGCCUUGCUGCAGCAGAGCAGCAGGAUGGCGAUGCAGCCCCCAGCCCCGCGGCACCAAUGGCGUUUCGGUGCUGCUCUACCCCCAGCAUCGCCCAGAGACGGGCGAUGCUGCAAACACCCGCUCCUUCUGCAAUCAAAACAAGUCUGCUGGGAAAAGCUUGGGAACACGAUCAAAGUCCUCUCCAAAGGGGAAAGGAAGCACGUGAGAUCAGAAAUAAAUAAAAUAA